UGAGAACGAAUUAGAUAAACCAAAAAUGCACAGGAAUAGAUUUUCAUAAUAGCUGUUGAUUCGGUGAUAAGAACACAUGUGCUGGAGCAAUGUGCCAGAAAAAAUCCGCUAAGUGCUUGUAAAAUACGUGAAUUGUCAUGUUAAACUGUGUUUGUCCAAAUCAAUAGUCAAUUUUGUGUCUAGUGAACAUUUUAAUUUCAUAUUUAUACUUUUAAAGGUGUGACUACAUCGAACGUAUUUCUAGUCUAGAAAAAAUAGCGUACGAUAUACGAUAUGGUACACGAAGAUAUUUUACCGGUGUUUCUGAUUAUCGUGACGUGCUUAAUAUGUUUUACGCCGAAUUUGGUUUACAAACAUGAAUUUGUAUACGAUGAUGAAGUGGCCGUUGAACAAAAUGCCGACGUAACAAACAUCUCUCGAUCGGCAUUUGAAACAAUUCAAUCAGUUUUCAGUCAUGAUUUUUGGGGUCAGGAUAUUAAUCAUCCGAAUAGUCACAAAUCAUUUCGGCCGUUGGUAACUCUAAUGUAUGCGUAUGAAUUUCGGCAAUGGUGCAAAUCUUUUAUGUUGGCGACCCGAAUGAAAAUUGUGAACGCAGUGUUGCACGGAUGUACAAGUAUUACGCUGUAUUUUACACUGAAGAAAAUGUUCGAAAAGGGUGUAAGAGGCUAUUGGUUGCCAGUGUAUGCGUCGCUACUUUUCGCCGCUCAUCCCAUUCAUGUCGAAGUUAUUUUCUCCGUGGUUGGUCGUGCGGAUAUCUUAUGCACGUUUUUUUAUCUGCUGGCCGUACUUCAAUAUUUGUAUAUACUUGAAGCUGAGGCAGAAGACGAUGAAUAUGGAGUUGAAUACGACGAAAAGGAAAAGAAAAAUGGUGCAGGUCAGAAAAAAAAGAAAAAACAUCCAAAAAACUUGGCACCGGGAGCCGCUGCAGCAAACAAAAAUUCGGGCGCAAUUCACGCGGUGAAAUACAUUUCUUUAUUUACCUGUGCAGUAGGUGCUUUGUUCAGUAAAGAGCUUGGAAUAACAGUUUUGCCAUUUUGUGCUGUGUACGACGUCUUGAACAACACAAAACCGCCAGAAUGUGUGCGCAAUCAACGUUACGUUGCGAGAAAUUGGUACAAUUGGCGAUUGUGGGUGGAGAGAAAUCCGAAGCUUCAAACGCGUUUUUUGAUAUUGAUUGUGAUGACAAUCGCAUUGAUGCUAAUUCGUGGAUAUUCAGGACUAUUCAGUUUGCCGAAUUUUUCACCUCGUGAAAAUCCACUGGCUGCUCAUCCGGAUCUAUUUGUUAGAUUUAUGUCGUCACUUUACGUUGCUGCGCUAAAUGGAUGGCUUCUGAUUUUUCCAUCGUGGCUAUGCUGCGAUUGGUCAUACGGCUCACUCGAUCUAAUUGAAUCAUGGACGGAUUAUCGAUUAAUACCAACGUUUUUGGCAUUCUAUGUUUGCGGUGGUCUCUAUCAAAGUGGUGUAAAAGAAGUGCAGAUAGCAGUUGCAUGGGCGAUCAUCUCAUAUUUACCAUCCUCACAUAUCAUUACCGUCGGCUUUGUGUUGGCUGAUCGAAUUUUGUACAUUCCUUCAAUAGGGUACUGUAUCUGUAUUGCAAUUGCAUACAGUCGGGGGCACGAGCUUUAUCCGAAAGCGAUUGGAAUGGCUAUAUUUGUCCUAUUGCUGAUUUUUGCUGGUCGAACCAUUGAAAGAUCUUGGGACUGGCAAGACAGUAAAACGUUAUUCACAUCAGCGCUGCGAAUUUGUCCGAAUAAUUCAAAGAUGUACUUUAAUCUUGCUCAAAUAAGCCAUCUCACUCAAGAUUUUCCCGCUGCGCUUGAAUUUAGUAUGGUUGCACACCAAAAAGAUCCAGCUAAUAUUUUUGCAAUGAUGGCAAUGGGCAAUGCGUAUCGAGCUCUUGGCGAUUAUGAUCAAGCCAUCACAACUCUCCGAAGAACAAUCGAAUUGGAUCCGGCUUAUGCACGUGCUUGGAUGAAUUUGGCCAUAGCUUAUGGAUUGACGCAAGAUUUUGAGAAAGCGGAGGCAGCCUAUCACAAAGCAGCCAGUUUGCAUCCGAACAACGAAGUAAUUAUGUACAACUUGGGCACUUUGUAUUUCCGAAUGGGAAGAUUCGCGGAAGGUGAAGCCUACUUCCGUAAAAGCAUAGAAUGUAAUCCAACAUCAGGUCUGGCGCAUUACAAUCUGAUUAUGUUUUAUUUUGAUUAUGGUCCCAGGGAAAUGGUCGAGAAAACAAUUGACGCUUUGGAUUUCUAUAAAUCAAUGAACAUACUAAAAUUGACUACUGUCGCACAGUUACUUGUUCAACGCGGCUUUGGAUUCGCGAGAAGCGAAAAGUUGUUUCUUCGUGUUCUCGAAAUAAGACCAAAUGACCUAAACGCACACUUUCAUCUGGCCGUUCAGUAUAAAACACGUGGUAUGCCAAAGAAAAAAAUGAAAUACCUUGAAAAACUGUACAAAUUGUUGCCAAAUAAGAAGCCCAAGUUUAAGGAAUUCGUUAAGAAAAUUGAGCCAGGCAUGCGUAUAACCAAUGCGACCAUUAAAACUGCAGAACAGCUCGAAGAAUUGGCCAUGAAAAAAUAACCAAAGCAACCAGUUUUGAUGUAAUGUAAAGAAAUUGCGGAGCAUUAACAAUACUCACAAUGUAUCAGUCGUCUCAAUUAUCUGUGGAUCUUUAUUUCUUGGAAUUGAUAAAUGGGCUCAACCACACUUGUGGUUUCAAGUUCAGAAUGAAUGCAUUGCCUCU